CGAGAAGAUAUAUUGAACAUUUUCACUAGGAACACAUUCCAAGAGCCGGGUUUCUGGAAUAAAAGGAUAAAGAAAAAAACACGAAAAAAAACCAAAGCCAACAAACCAAAUUUGAAAUCAAUAAACCACUCGAUAUCUCACCUAAUUAUUCAUUCCCGGUUUCGGUUCGGUUUCGACUAUGGGAUGCUAAAAAAAUGCUCGAAACCGAUAGGUACGAAUGGAACGGAUGUCACGGAUACCACACUUAUUGAAAACUCGCACUCAAUCCCCGGCAUUGAUCCACGGAGCGGAAUCUUUUCAAUUUUCAUCUCUUACGGUCGCUCUAUUGCUUUGCUACUGUGCCGUUGCAUCUUUUCUGGCAUCGGUGCCCAUACCCUUUAGAGCAAGCAUUCAAUAGCAAAUUACCAAAAAAAACGAAGGCAUUUUAAUGAAACAUUCUAGAGUAUUACAUCGUGACGAGCUGGACCACGGUUACCCUGGAAUACACAUUGUUUGAAGUGAGACGAACAGGCCACUACUAGCAGCGGCGAAAGAUGAGGGAUGUUCGUUCACGAUCUUGGUAUCAUUUCAAGCUCUCCCUUUUUCUCCGCUUUACAGCACGUGCGAGUGUUGUACAGGAAGUGUACAUAGUUUAGUUUUAGAUAGUUUUGGAAUAUCAUACCGACGAUGUAGAAUGACCGUGUAUUUCGAGAACAAAAAGAAGAAACAGUUACGGAAUUACGAUAUAUUUGUGAGACAGAUAGUAGAAAAAAUGCAUAUAGAAGAGUCGUACGAACCUAUUGAAUACUGCCAAAGAAUUUUUGGACACGAUCACCCUGCCGUCGUCCUCUCAAUCGGUCGUAGUCGGAAGCGCCCCUAAAAUUGUGUAGUGAACGAGUGAUGUCGGAUGGCCCCGUAGCGAUGCAGUUGGUUGUAGGAGCCGGUGAAGGUUUGGGUCGAUACCAAGAACGGAUCGUAGAGCAAACAGUAUGUUCUUAAUACACCAUUUUCUUUUGCCCACAUGAAGCCAGAGGAAGACAUCCUUUUUUAUGUUGUGCUGAUGCAGAUUGACCAUGCCGAAUAAAUAGUUUCGAACGCAACACUGAUGGCAGUAUUAUGACAAACAAUAACGUAGCAUAUUCCCUUUGCACACAUUAAACCACAUACGGAGCCUCGUGGUCGGCAGUAGCGCGUCGGAAAGUCCUUUCCUGUACUUGAUUUCUCGAAGUGGAUAGAAUUAGAAAGCGAUGCCGGUCUUUCCGAGCAGAAAUGCCACCAAAAACCCCGCAUUUAUCACUAUGAUAAUAUUGUGAUUGAAACGAGAUUGUUUACGGAAGUUUUCUAUUCUUUAAUGUUCACCAAGCGCUCGAUAGUCCGGCUGGUUGGGGACGAAAAGUAUCGUGCAUGUAUGUUUACAGGGUAAGGAACCAGAUUUCAUUUGUGGCAUGUGAUUUCAAGUAUUACAAGCAUAACUUUACACACAAAUAGAGAAAAACUAAACGGUGAACUGGAGGCAUUUUCAACCAACAACCAAAGCAUACAACGGCAUUCAUGUUUCUAGGCUGGUUUCUAGCUGACCAGCGUUGUUGAACAAGUAGCAAUGUGUGAGGAAAAAUGGAAACUGGCGAAUCACAUAAUAUAUUAAAGGUAGCCAUCAACACCAGCGCGGGUUAAGGAGCGAGGAUGCGUGGUGCCGGAAUUAUGGCGGAGUAAGGAGCGAAUAUUGAACAAACAUUGUAGAUAGAUUUGUUAAACGAUGGAAAGCCGUAUGUUGCAGACAUGAAAAUUGAACAAAUAAGAAAACAUAAGUGAAAAUUAAAGGUAAAACACAUCUUCUACUUUGGUAACGCAAUGUCAUAGCAAGGGCAAUAUAAAAAGCUCAACACAAAUCAUCGGGCAAGUACCGUUUCCGGCAAGUAAAGAAUUGUGCGACGAGUCACAACAUGCGGCGUUGAUUGAAAAAAUUUGGGGAAAAGAUGGGUGACAUGUUCAUUUGAUUUGCUCUGGUUUUUUUUGUUUAAUUUUUUGAACUGCUGUCGUGUGAUCAUUCGCUGAGCAGCUAAAGAACCUUAGAUCAGGCAGUAUUAACAGUACAGUGUCGAAGCAUUUAAUCCAUCGACCUUAUUAUAUACGGCCCAACACAGGUCCGACCGGCCGUAUGGUGUAUGCAUUACCUGGUUGUAACGUAGCGUUUUGUGAAGGAGUUGUCUGUCUCUCAUUAUAGCCGAGUAGUUAAGCGAGACGAUGGACAUCAUAUACAAAGCAAUUGUAUGUAAUCGAUAUCGCAACAAGAAAACAAAAGUGUGUCAGUAAUGGUUGUUGUAGUUCAACGACACUUGAACGAAGAGGAACGCAUCAGCCAGCAUCGUAUCGUGAGUUAGAAUACAAGAGUGCCGGAAAGAGGCCAGGGUACCAUUGAAUCUGCCAAAAACUGCAAAAUGCUGUACUGUCGGAUAUGCACAGAUCCGACGGGUUAAUUCCACUGCAGACCAACCUGAAAGUUGCAACGCGUACAGAAUCGUUCUCGAACGCAAAACGAUGGGUUUUCAAAGACAUUCAUAUAGGGUGAAGUGCCUAAUGUAUAGACAAUAUAGUUCCCUAUGAAUUCUCUAGCACCGAUUCGAGACCCAAACAUUGAUAGGCAAAAACAAACGAAAAAAACAAUAUCAACACCUACAGAAAACCUGUUAGCAUUGAUUCGCAGGACUUUGGACGAAAGACCGAAAACCGAAUGCACCGUACACGUUGGACAAGAACACGCACCGAAAGAGCGCAGAAAUACAGUGAAGCUUGAUGUAAGGCUUAGCAUUUAUCUGGACAUUUUCAACCUUAUAAGUGUAAAGUUCGGAGAACAGGGAAUCAUAAGUAGGAGCAAUGCUAAGGUAAACCUGCUUGGUGCCAUUUGGUAAUUCUCAAUAUACUUCUGGUUUAAUUGUACGUAUCCUUUGGCUAUUUUUUUCAUCAUCAUUUGUGAGGCCGUAGAACCGCAUACUCUGGCAGGGUUUAUUGCGUCGAUUGCGAUUGCGAUUGCGAUUGAGUAGAGCGAAUAUGUUCAACAAUGAUUGGAAGAAAAAAGGCAACAUUGUACUGCAGCCAGAUGCAGAGCAGAUGUAGAUCCGAGGGCUCUCCAGGAUCCUUAGUAUUGAGCCUUGGUAUCUUUUCUGAUACGAGCUAGUAAAUAGCAGCAGCCGCAGCAACACCCGAGACCGGAAGAAUCUGCGCAGAUAAUGUAGGGUGCAAAACCGAUAGAAAAAACGCGGGCAUGUCACCAUCAUGAGCAAAAUCAAUAUUCAUUCAUUUUUUAAAACUAAACUAAUACAGAAAAAGAAAACAAAAAAACUGUAUAAAC